AUGGCGUCCCGCAGCAAGGCCAAGGGCCGCGAAGGCCGCGAGAAGUGGCUCGGCUUCUUCCUCGAGCAGGUGUCGGGCAACCUGCUCGGCACGCCCGGGGUGGUGCGGGACCUCGUCAUGGAGACGGCCAUCCCCAGGAUCGCCUCGGUCCUGGCCGGGGUAUUUGAGCCCGAGGGUGGAAGCAGCAGCAGCAGCGGCCGCCGCCGCGGCGACCCGAAGAGGGAGAUGGAGCAGGUCAUCAUGGACCUGUACAAGUCCGACAUAAAGGACCUCGUCGCCACGCAUCUCAUCGAGCAGGUGGAGCAGCAUUACGAGCUUAUCAGAACAUCUUUUGUCGGCUAUGUGUGCUCUCUUGUUGUGGAGCAUAGCAUCUUGCAGCAGCUUCAGAGGUCGAUCCUGACGAGUGACAUCAUCAACAAUCUCAAGGAAGAAAAAAUCGAGGAAAUUGCCCAGGAGAAGCCGGGAAUGGCGGAAAAGCGAAAGAGAAUGGAGGAGACGAAGCGGACUCUCGAGGAGGUGCUGGAAGACCUCAAAGACUAUAAUGGUCAGUGACUUGGAUGGUCUGCAUCGUCAUCUAGGAGAUGGCGACUAAUGUUCCCUUGAUAUCUCUGGGCAAUUAUGAUCCUUGACACCAGAAUGUAACGCAUCAGGAACACGUUGGAUGCACCCUAUUUGGUACUGUGCAUUUCUCAUAGUUUAUUUUAUUUUAUUUUAUUCUCUUUGCGAAA